CUACUCCCCUCGCGCAGUGCGACCUCUUAAAUUAACUUCUCUGGAACCCUAAUUUACAGCAUUUAGGGAUAAGGAGUCAACCAAAAGAUGCUGAGGGUAGCUGGGAGAAGGCUCUCCUCUCUGCCAUCGAGGUCCGCCACCUUCCUCUCUCGGAACGACCCUCUUAAUGGCGUCUAUGGUGGUGGUGGUGGUGCUGCUGCUGCUGCCGAAUCUCCUUCUGCAUCCAGAUCCAUCCCACCGCUCCAUCCCUUCUCCUUCAAUUCUCACUAUCUGAAUCUAAUCAGAGGUUUCUCUUCUGAAGCCCUCACCCCAGGACAUGAUAUGGGUAUGAUCUCUGAUCUCCCUGCUACUGUGGCAGCAGUGAAGAACCCUACUUCAAAAAUUGUGUAUGAUGAGCACAAUCAUGAGCGCUAUCCACCUGGUGAUCCCAGCAAGCGUGCAUUUGCUUAUUUUGUCUUAACAGGUGGCAGGUUUGUGUAUGCGUCCGUAAUUCGUCUUCUAAUUCUCAAGUUCGUUCUGAGCAUGUCUGCCAGUAAAGAUGUCCUUGCCCUAGCAUCCCUUGAGGUCGAUCUUGCCAGCAUUGAGCCUGGAACUACUGUCACAGUCAAGUGGCGUGGGAAGCCAGUUUUCAUUAGGCGGCGAACUGAAGAGGACAUUAAGUUGGCCAACAGUGUUGAUGUCACAUCUCUUCGUGAUCCACAAGAAGAUUCAGCCAGGGUCAAGAAUCCAGAGUGGCUUGUUGUUGUUGGGGUCUGCACCCACUUGGGGUGCAUUCCCCUACCAAAUGCUGGUGACUUUGGUGGUUGGUUCUGUCCAUGCCAUGGUUCACAUUAUGACAUCUCUGGUAGAAUCCGCAAGGGGCCAGCUCCUUUCAAUCUUGAGGUACCCACCUAUAGUUUCUUAGAAGAGAACAAGCUGCUGGUUGGAUGAGCCUGAUGUUGGAGUCCCUCUUUCUCAGGACAGCAGUCACACUAUGGAAUCGUCAUGAUAGAUAAUUUCUUCUAUACGCGAAGAAACAGAUCUCUCUUUAGCAAGUUUCUUCUGUUUUUCGUUUGGAUAUUUUAUCCACUGCCAAUUUUGGGACAGGUUUCUGAGGUUCUGAAUAACCAACAGCUGAAUGUUUGUUGAACAUUUUCUGUUUGAAUAGCUCUUCGGCAUUCAUCUUCUCAAAUAAUUGGAUCUUGUUAAUACUUUAAUAGUAUUUAUUGAUCAAGGAUUCUUUAAAUCGCAUGAUUGUUAAAUUGUUAACGGGAUUCUUGAAUGUGUUGCGUUAUUUGUAACAGCAAAAUGAACUGGCUAAUAUCCA